AUGUCGGACUACGAAAAGUUGGAACUUAAAGAAAAGCAACGACAAGCUGAAACCCUCCGGACAGUAGCAUUCUUUGGUGUUGCUUUAUCCACCGUUGCCACCUUAGUAUGUGUCAUCUCGGUACCAAUGCUCUACAACUACAUGCAGCAUAUGCAAUCAAUUAUGCAAAAUGAAGUCGACUUCUGCAAAUCCCGCUCCGGCAACAUCUGGCGAGAAGUUACCAAAACUCAGGUUUUGUCAAAAGUGACCGGUGUACGUAAUCCUCGUGAAGCUGGAUUUGGUAAAUCAGCAGGAGUCGAAGGUAGUUUCCAAGUCCAAGGCGCAUGCUGCGGUUGUGGAGUUUCAGGCCCUGGACCACAAGGUCCACCUGGACCCGAUGGUGAAGACGGUCCAGAUGGAGAGCAAGGAGAUCCA